CUCUCUCGUUGUCGUCGUCGUCGUCCUCCGCCUAUCUGCGCCGCCACGGCGAAUUGCGCGGAUCAAAACCCUCGCGCCCCCCGAUUGCGUGCUCUGCACGUUGCCGGAGGACUACGGCCGCCGAUUGCCCUCGCAGGCGAUGGAGCCGGCGCCCUCCCUGCCCCGAUCCGCGCCUAAUCCGAUGACCGCGAGAUGUUUCGCAACAAAGUUUUGAGGGGCAAUUCAAGGGAAACCAUGCAGUGCUGUUAUAUGGUUGUUUUUUCAAUGGUCUCAUUUGGCGACCUAUGACAGUGUGCUAUGUUAAAUGGCUUCAGAGUUUAUGAAGAAUGGUCCCUUUGAUAGGGAUGUUGAACAGGCAAUAACAGGCUUGAAGAAAGGAACACACUUACUGAAAUAUGGCCGCCGAGGAAAACCAAAAUUCUGUCCGUUCAAACUUUCAAAUGAUGAAACUGUGCUCAUAUGGUACACUGGGAGAGUGGAGAAGCAAUUGAGACUCAACCAAGUUUCAAGAAUAAUACCUGGACAACGCACGGCUAUCUUCCUGCGGUACCCAAGACCUGAUAAGGAGUUUCAGUCAUUUUCCCUUAUAUAUGGCCAUAGAUCUUUAGAUCUGAUCUGCAAAGACAAGGAUGAAGCGGAGGCAUGGUUUGUUAGUUUAAAGGCACUUAUUUCUCGAUGGAACUGCGAAAGGUGGGUGAUCGAAACAAAAGAUGAUAAAGAUUUUGAUACCCGAGCUAAGCAUAUUCAGGGAGAUUCACCAUUGGCUUUUCCAUUUUAUGGUAGUGAUGCCAAAAACAAGGACUUCCAAAAUAUCGAUGCUCAUGAAGUCAUCGGCUUUGGAAAUAUAUUUUCUGAUGUGAUAUGCACUGGACCGGACAGGAGUAGGAUUAGUGCAGGGUCUAUUGGUACUUCUAGCUCCCUCUCAUCUGGAGGUGCAGAUACAUCCAGUGGAGGAGCAUCUGGAGUUGAUAACAGUGUCAGAGUUAGCUAUUCAAGUGCAGUAAGUUCAUCCAGCUAUGGAUCAGGUGAUGAUUUCGAUUCAUUGGGGGAUGUUCUCAUUUGGGGAAGAGGCGUUGGUGCAUAUGCUUCACAUACACCUGGAAAUCUGCAUGAUUCGAGGAGCGAUUUAUCUUCACCAAAGGCACUGGAGUCGACAAUUUUGUUGGAUAUUCGCAGUAUAGCUUGUGGGAGUAAUCAUUUAAUGCUUGUCACCAAACAAGGAGAAAUAUACAGUUGGGGUGAGGAGUCAGGGGGUAGGCUUGGACAUGGAGUUGAUGCUGAUGUUUGCCACCCUAAGCUUAUCAGUGCUUUGAGUGGAAUAACUAUUGAGUCUGUUGCCUGUGGGGAAUUCCAUACUUGUGCUGUUUCUUUCUGUGGGGAUCUCUACACAUGGGGUGAUGGCACACAUUAUUCUGGUGUUCUCGGUCAUGGAAAUGAUACUGCCCAUUGGAUUCCAAAGAAGGUCUGUGGCCCUUUAGAAGGUCUGCACAUAUCUUCAGUAUCAUGUGGACUAUGGCAUACGGUCAUCGUGACAUCAUUAGGCCAAUUGUUCACCAUCGGUGAUGGAGUAUUUGGUGCAUUGGGCCAUGGAGAUCGCCUAAGCACAAACAUCCCGAGGGAAGUGAACUCUCUGAAAGGAAUGCGUGUUCUACGUGCAGCUUGUGGCGCAUGGCACACAGCUGCAAUAGUUGAGGUUGUAGACUUUCUAGAUCCAGUUGCAGCUGCCAAACUAUUUACAUGGGGAGAUGGGGACAAAGGUCAGCUUGGACAUGUUGACAGAGAAGCAAGGUUCAUACCAGCCUGUGUGGCAUCGCUUUUAGAACCUAAUUUUGGCCUGGUAGCCUGUGGGCAUGACACUACUGUUGCUCUAUCAACCUCUGGGCAACUGUACACCAUGGGCAGUAAUGCUUUUGGGCAGCUUGGGAACCCAAAGAGUGAUGGAAAGCUCCCUACUCUUGUUGGAGGGAUCAUCUCCAAUAGUUUUAUUGAAGAAAUAGCAUGUGGUUCUCAUCACAUUGCUGCUCUGACUUCUAAAGCUGAAGUUUAUACUUGGGGCUGGGGUGCAAAUGGUCGUUUAGGACAUGGAGACAGUGUCGAUCGAAACACUCCAACUAUUGUUGAAGUUUUAAAAGAUAAGCAAGUCAAGAGUGUAGUUUGUGGAGCUGAUUUCACUGCUGCUGUAUGUCUCCAUAAGUGUGCAUCCAGUUUAGAUCAGUCAGUAUGUUCUGGCUGUCACUUGCAAUUCGGUUUUAGAAGAAAACGACACAACUGUUAUAACUGUGGUUUAGUUUUUUGCAAAGCAUGCAGCAGUAGAAAAUCAAUGAAAGCUUCUUUGGCGCCAAACUCAUUCAAGCCAUGCCGGGUAUGUGAUGAGUGCUAUACCAAACUUAGUACUGUGGCUGAUGGAAAAAAUCUGAAAAAUUCAGGGCUUCUUGAGGGAAUUCCUCAUCAAUUGCCCAAGGAAGCCACUGAUCCAGAUAAGACUUUGCGGUCACGACUGUCUAAGCUUUUGACUUGUGAUUCAUUCAAGCCUGAUGGCAAACACUCACCGAGUAACAGCCAACUUCCUCUACCUCACACACGAAACAUAAAUCUGAGUACUACAAACUUGAUUGGACACUCCAAGGAGUUGAUAUCUUCUUGCAUUCCUACCUUAAGGGUAGAUUCCCAUUCCCAGCCAACAUCGCCUCUGUCCUCUGGACCAAGUUCACCAAAUCCUACUCUACGAGAGAAUCAGUUAAAUGAGAAUCUAACAGAAGAAGUUGCUAGACUGAAAUCCCAGGUGAACGAGCUGACCCACAAGUCGGAACUACUUGAAGAAGAACUUGCAAAGGCUAAUAAUCAAUUAAGAGAGGCCAAAGCUACUGCUGAUUUAGAAAACUUGAAGUGCAAAGCAGCAAAUGAAAUUAUCAGCGCCCUUACAACUCAGCUCAAAGCUAUGACACCAAGAACACCUGAAGAGUGUGCUUCACAUGGCAGUUGGACUGAUCGUGUAUCUAAGUUGUAUGGAAGUCAUUCGCUCGAGAAUAAUUUGCAGGAUCUUCAUAGGUCACCUGAUUCCAGUGGCCAGCAGGCUCAUCAGUCGUCCUGCAAUGGAAAUAACAUGGUAACCGAUGCAGAAUGGAUCGAACAGGUUGAACCUGGUGUUUACAUCACUUUGUUCCGCUCACCUGCAGGCCAGAAGUACCUCAGGCGCGUGCGUUUUAGCAAGAGACGUUUCACAGAGCAACGAGCAGAACUAUGGUGGGCCGAACACCGAUCGACGCUGCAAGAUCAAUAUGGUAUUCUGACUGGAGACAGCAUCUUCCCAUCAAGAACAAUUCGAGAAAACGGAUAAGGCCAUAUCUUCGACUAAAUGAUUUCCUUUUCUUUCUUCCGGCUGAUGCACUGGAGCAACGGAAGGUGUGUGCUGGAGAUGGAGGUCACUGAAUUCCUAUUCACCUCCCUCCAGCUUGAUGGAUAUUACUCCUCACUUCCACCAUCGCCUUCUCUGUACAAAAGAUACAGCAGAUGGUGCGGUUUUUCGAAAAACGAAGAUAUGAUAGAUGGUGGUAUAUCUCACAGUUGCAUAUGGGGCCAUUUGCGUAAGUAAAGUGGCAUGGAGGGGUCUAGCUAGUAGUUUGUGCAAAAUGUCUGUGCAGUAGCGGUUAACCUAGGUAACCAUGUGUCCCAAUUGGGGCUUCAGGGUUGCCUUUCCCCGUACGCCCUGGCUCCCUGCUCGUACUUGAUCUGGAACCCGCAGAUACAUGGCCCUGCCAUACUAUGUUACGAGUAAGAGCUGCACCAUUGACAUCUCCGUGUGAGAAAUUUAGUUCACAGCAGUCAUAGCAUGUUGUACAGCCGCUUAACCGUUAUCCUAUCCGGUAGAGGAUAUGUAUUUUAGUUUCAUGUAAUUUAGUCUGAUUCUGAUUUCAUCUUCUUACCAGAUUUUAUGAUUUUGGUUA